AUGGAAACAGAGAGUCACGCGAUGAUAUUCAAAUUCAUCCUUAUUUGCUUCCUUCUUUGCUUUGACGUUCGCGCCGGGGAUGGGUUUCAGAUGCCUCCCCAAGAAAUUGAUGGCGCUCGUUACUGCGACUUCGAUGGUCCUCGAAAGAACUACAACGCGUCCGAUUUAUUGCAGUGUAUCGACGUGUUAGUCGCCGAUUUCGUCGAUCGAGAAAGCAGCGCGGAGAACGCAAAAAGCCAGUGGAACGGGUCAACGGGCAGGCAGAUCUCCUUCGCGGACGUUUUCGCCAACUUCUUCAACGAAGAUCAGUCGCUGCUGCACCAGAGCGCAUCCCUUCCGGCGGAUACGACGUCCGGCUACUACCAAUCGAAUUAUCCGGCGAUAUCAGGUGGAACGUUCGAUUCUUCGCCGGGAUUUCAGCUGAAUCUAUUCGAUGCCCUUUCGUCGAUAUCCCGCCACGACGACUACAAGUGCGUGCCAAGGAUACUCUGCGAAAUGGCGAGUGGGAAACUUCCAGGAAGAUCGUUGGCCAAACAAACGUCCAGUUUGUUCGAGUUUUUCGGAAAAAACGCUCUAACGGAGUGGCUGGCCACGGUGGACGUUGCUGGAGCCUCUCCGUUACUCAACUUUGGAAGAGCUAUGAUACUCGGGUAUAGCAACAGAGGAAACUCUCUGGCUUGUUACAGAGCCUUUCCAAAGUGUCCGAGAGACUCCAACGAGCUCGUUCAUUAUCUCAAUAAUUACAACGGGGGAUUCUUUCGACUUUUUAAUAGGCUUCAAUUUGGAAAACAACGACGGUUCAAAGGAAGUCCCGUAGUCGCCGCGGCGGACGCAAUGUUACUGGCGCAGAUGCCAUUUGUGGAAACAGCAUGGGGCGCCGUUCCAGCACCGACAACUUGUCCAAUGAAUCUGCCCUCGAGCAUCAGCUUUAUGUCUCUGUUACGCGCGCUGAAAUUCUAUGACAAGAGUAUGUCGAAAGCUGAGAAGGAAGAAAUUUAUUUUCGUGAUGGUUUACUUUAG